UCUUGCCACACCACUGACUUCUCGCUAGAGUGAGAAUGGGUGUCAGAUAAGGGCACUAGAAGAGGAUGUAAAUGACCCAAGGAUACAAACCACGUGUGUGUAGUGAUGUCUUGCAUGCUCUUGCCCGAAUCGCAAAUCAACAGGUGGAAAUGCUUUCAUUAUUAAUAGAGUAGUGUAGGAUCGAUCGUGGAAGCCGCUCUCCCGGUGUGGUAGUGCUUCGUCCCUGCCAUUGAUCUAUCUCAGUUUCACGACACCGCCCCGAGAGGGACACGCUCCUUCUGUCUUAGCCCUCAAUCUACACUCGCGCGAGACAGUCACAUAUCCAUUUCCGUAGCUUCAGUUCGAAAACCGGAAGGAGUAUACGGUUCGAGGUAUUGGUUCAUUUUAGUAUAGGCUUCACUAAAACUAUGGCAACGACGGUGUGAUCAAUCCCUGGUGUCCGAAAGUUCGCCUUGACAUUGAGUCUUCUGUACAGUGACAACACCACCAGGAUGUUUGUUUAUGUCUCUGGGAUUUACUUGCGAUAAAAAGUUUGAAGAUUUUCUCUCUGUGUGGUGGUGAGAAGGAUGCAGGAUGAACAAGACCUGGAUCUACAUUGUUCCUGUCUGUAUCCUCUUCGGAUGUAAACACGUGCUGGCCAUAGACUGUUAUGUGUGUUCUUCUCUACAGCAUGGAAAUCGGGACUGCGAGGACAAAUUCGACCAGAAUCUUAAGACGUCCGUGUUUAUAGCAAGGAAGUGUGAUUUUGGCUUCUUCAAAGCUACACACUGCAUAAAGCUUAAAGGAACAAGAGAGGACGGGACAUCAAUCCUUGUCCGCCAGUGUAGCAACGAGGACUGGGGUAGUCACUGUGGGGACAUUAAGUACGAGAUUGGAGACAACUCGGAGAUGGUGUACGGUUGCUUGGAGACCUGCAACUUUGAUGGAUGCAAUACAUCCAGUCAUUUUACAGUAAACAAUAUCUGCAUGAUAGGUAUCCUUGGAAUCAACUUCCUGGUGCGCACAUGGUUGUUAUAGCAAUUCCAAAUCUCAGAAUGAAAAACUAAUUUGAUAUGCCAAACAAAUCGAUUGAUAUUCAUCUGUGUCAUUAUCGGAGGCGACGCGGAUAGGGAUGUGUACAUAUGUGCGCGAAGUAACGGAUAUUUCUACGGGCAUUGAAAAAUAAUGCGACAGGAUUAUGUCUCGUGGUUAGAUUGCACAGACUUUUGUUAUGUUUCUUUGCGUUCCUAAUCCACUGUUAAUGUUAACGACUUAUUCCUGAAAUGAAAUAUAAUAUAUACAUAUUAUGUAAACUUAUAAUGA